AGCUGCAGGUAUAGAAACUGCCCCCCUUCCUGGUUGCCCUUCUUCCUUCCCCAAACCCAGCCACUGGGUUACAAGGGCUGUUGACAGAUGGGAGGCCACAUCCUACCUACUGGGUCAGCUGUGGUCUGAGGUCCCCACCCAGUGGGGAACCACAGAAGGGAGGGGAGUGGCAAGGAAGGGAAGAGGGGGGAGGUGAAGUGAGGGAAGGAGGAGAGAGAGAAAGGAGAGGAGAGGAGCACCAUGGAGCACUGGAAACGAAUCAAGAUUGCCAAAUGCCAGAUACUGACCACCAACUUCUUUGUCUUGCUUCUGGCCCUAUCUACCGCCACGAUGGCAAUUGUCACUCACUUUGGAGACCACUUUACUGUCAUUGGCCACGUAUCCUUGGAGAGGAACCCCUAUGAAGCAAUGCAUUAUUGGGCCUUCUACGUGGCGAUCAGCCUAGCAGGUCUACUGAGUCUGGGCGCUGGCCUGAGCACCAUAGCCGCUGUGAGGGAGGCCCAUGGUCUCAUGGCUGCGGGUUUCGUGUGCUUUGCCUUGUCAUUCUGCAUCCUGGUACAAGUGGCCUUCUGGAGAUUCCACAACCCCACCCAGGUGGAGGAUGCAGUAUUGGACACCUAUGACCUCGUGUAUGAUCAGGCAAUGAAGAGCCCAUUUAGCAGCUGGUGGCAGGAACUGGCCACCAUCCAGGACACGUUUCUGUGUUGUGGGAAGAAGUCUCCUUUUGGGCGUCUCAUGAGCACUGGAGCUGUCCUGUGUCAGGGCCAGAAGGCCAUGAGAGAGGACUGCCUACAGAGCAUCGGGAACUUUCUGUGGACACACUAUAGUAUCGCCUCCACCCUGACCUGCACCAGCCUGAUCCUCACGGUGUAUGCUAUGAUGCUCUGCGCCUUCCUCUGGUUUGCCAUUCACUCUUACUGUGGCUUGGAUCGAAAAGGCAGAUACACCCUGACCCCACGAGCCCAUGGUUACCAGCCCCAGGAACCCAGACUCUUCAGUUGGACUAAGGGUGGGCCACAAGUACAUCAAUACUCCUCUGAAGCACAAGCAUUUGCAAACUAUUCGACACCCCUCUGAAAUACAGGUGUUUGCUAACCAUUAGGUCCAGUAGGGUGCUCUCUGCCUGCUUGUCCACAGAGAUGAAGAGUUUGGCCCUGAGUCCUCCCAUGAUCCGCAUGGUGUGGCAAGGGAAGGAGAGAUUCUACCUAGUAUGCUAGUGACUUUUACAUUGUGUAGCCAGACACCAUGGUUUCAGAGAGAUUCUGGACUAUCACAACAUGGAGGAGUGGCUAUGUCUAUGGCAUCAGGAGCAUAAGGUGGUGAAUGUGGGAGGCUGGAUGGUAAACGAAACUAACUUCCUCUGGGUUUUUGUGGAACAAAGAAGACUUUGGCUCCAUGGUCAUGAUAAUGAAAUGCAUGGAACCAGAUGGUGAUAGCCAGGUUUUAGAUAAUGGCCAUGGGGCUGUUAAUGCUCCAUAGUUUAGGGAGAAGAGGUAGCUAUAUCCUCACCUGGGAUACCACUCCCUCCUGCCCAGAAACUAUUAGGAUCUUGAGACAUACUCAAGUGUGAAGUUGACUGAAGCCAGGUGUCCAUGAUCUAACAUCCAUGAGAUCAUCACCCAUCAUAGGGUGGGGCUUUUAGGUGAUGACAUUGUUUGAGGGUCACCCACACUCCUUAUAAGUAACUCCUCACCCCAAUAAACACAUUGGUUUAAGUUGAAA